AUUUUACCACUGGACUUUUUUUUAGGGGACUGUCCCACUUUACAUCGCUUUGCAGUGACACUGACACUCUUCACUCGGGAUUCACAGCGCGAGUUGCACUCAGGAGAGCGGCGGUUACACUUGAAAUAGCUUUGACAACGUGCAUCUACCGCCGGCCCACCUGGCACACCUGGCACACCUGGCACAGGUGAUGUCGCCUGCUUGUCGCGGAGAGAGAACAGGCAAAGGGCUGAAGCGAGAGGAUUUCUAAAACUGUGUUGCUUGGAGACAGGGAAGAUAUCUCAUAAUACAAAUCGAAGAUAAACGGCAAGAGAAUACCACGAGAAGAUGUAUAAAGUCAUCGGUAACGAGGACGGGUGGGCAAAGAGGAUUUGAUAUGACAUCACCCACCCUCAACAAGACAUCGUUUUCUCAAGGUUCGCUAAGGACCGUCUACAUCCGUUAUUCGCUUCGUUGAAUUAUUUUCGGACAGUGAAUGGCAGCCAGUACCCGAUCCCACCCGAGUGGUCAAGCUGUUUGAGCACCUGGCACAGCGGGUACUUGUACGUGUGUACAGAUAUGUCACUGUGUGGACGGGUGGGGUUGGUCGGGGCUUCCCAGGCCUCAGCGAUACAGACGACAGCCAAGAGGAAUUAAGGGUGUGGAGGGAAACGUUGUGAGAAAGCACUGUCAACAGAAACUACCCGUGCUGGUUUUGCGCUCAGCGAAAAGCUACCCGCGCUGGUUUACAAUAUAGCAUUUUUAAAAACAGUGACGUCAGGGGUAGGGAGAGGAGAAACAUUCAAUACGCCUCCUCGCUUGUAACCUUAGGAAAGCUCGCCUACUCGGUGGAAACUAAAACGAUAGAGAGUCAGUCAACAGAUACACCACAGACAGGACGGGUAUGUGUGUGUGUGAUCUACAUAACGGACAGUGUAGAUACAGGAAUCGUGUUCACUGUUCACUUCAGUCACUGUUCACCAUUUAGUCUUCUUGCAACUACUAAGAAAGGAUACAGGAAAGCCUUUGUGUACCCUAAAAAGGAUACAUGUAAACUGUAAACUUUCAAACAUGUCGAUCUUGUAAAAAAUUGUGGCAGGUGAUCGAGAAAAUGGUGUGACGUCAGCUGCAAGAGGAGAUAACCUCAAGUAGAAGGAGAGCACGGCUGGGUGGUAUACCGAACCCUAGUUCGUUGUAAGUUGAAAUCAAAAGGUUUUGAGAGGCGGAUAUCUGCCUCUUCUGUGGAAGGAUAACUGCGGGAUGCUGAUAACCGAGCAGGAGUUCGCUGAUUACCUCCACUUGCCUUACUGUCUCCCUUCGCUGGAUGGUGACACUCCAGAGUUUGUUUCCACGAUUCAUCAUCCGACAAACAUCGUGUCAUUUCAUUUUUGCUUCGUCAAUUGAAUGUCUAAACACAAAACAGACGACUACCUGUGCCCCAGCCAUCCAUCCCACGCGGGGCACGUCGCAAAGAAAGAAGAAACAGAAACACCUGGCGGUCGUGGCAGACAGAAACCUGUCACGUGUUUAAUUUGGUUGCCGGAGGGCAAGGACGUGAAGACAGCUGUAUGUCCCUGUCAUGGCUUGCGUAGGCCCGCCAGUGGUUGAGUGUACAAUAUUGAUUCCGAGGCUCGAACUGCAGAGUCUGUGUGUAACCUGCACUGUUGGUGACAUCAGCACCCGACUACAGGCGACGACAAACAGUGAGAGGAUGUAAACAGGUCAAGAGACCCUCCCUUCAUCUCUUCUUUAAACGAAUGGCAUUUUUUCAACGUUAUGCAUCAGCUCCUUUGCUUACGGAAGAUGCGGACUUCAGUCUUUCUAGUUCAUCCACCCGAACGACAGAAAACCAGAGCGAUGAAGAAUCCGUCACCAGCGACUCUUACUACACGCGUGAGCAUUCCACCAGCAGUCCACCCGAGGUGGUGUCCAUUCAGAGCUUCAGUGAGUCAGAGCAGUCGCCGGUGGUGCUGCGGAGGGGCUCCAAGAAGAAGCGACGAGCUCCACCUCCUCCGACUCAAUCGUCUUCGCUGACCGAAAAAUGUGAUGCCCUCAACAUCAGCAGGUUGUCGGCAGAUUCCGUCUGUUCGCGGAUCGAAUCCCUUCUCCUCCCUUAUCAGACCUCCACUGACUCGGAGAAUGUCGCCGACUCGGAGGCAGCUACGGAGGAGCAGAGCGAGGGUGACGAGCCUUCACGCUCUGGUCAACCUUCACCUCAAAUCUCACCCAAAGACAGGUCAAGGCUAUGGGCACUGAAGAACGCUCUCAGGUCCCCCAGAAACAUUCGUAAGACACCCCGGGUGGAUCCGAAGAAUGAUGACGACAAAAUGGGGUUUACUUCGUGGAGGAACACAAUCAUUGAGCCUCCUGAGUUUUCUGUGUGCACUUUUGCUUUUCUGUCCGAGGAUCUCUGGGACAUGGACACGGAGUUUGAGGUCAAACGGAUACCCGAAUAUGAGAAAUACCUCACGGAACUGCUUCAAGGAACACCUGAAGCUCACCCGGACUAUGAACAGCUUUCCCGGUCGGUUAAGAAGGUGCAAGAUAUGGUAAAGGACUGCGACGAUGACCUUCGAGGAGCCGACAACGAAAACAAGAUGGACGCUGUGCAGGACCGCUUCCCCCACGACGACCUGCAGUUGCAGAAGCGGAAAAAACACAGAAGCCCCGAGGUCUGUCAGCGCGCAGACGAUCAGCACCCAGUGCCGUGGUCUUCAAGACUCUUUCUGGAAGCCGCUCGAGAAGUAGUUCUGGUUUAUGGUCGCAGUCGAAUAUGGGACGAAAAGAUGUGGGCGACAGUUUUCAGUCCAUCAGACAACCCUCCGACCUCAACCGGCAAUACAUCAUGGAGGGACCAGUGGUCUUUGCCAGGGGUGUCCAGACGCAGGACCGAUAUCUCUUCCUCUUCAACGACCUUCUGCUGGUCGCCAAACAGAAGUCUAGCUCCACAUUCAAGCUCAAGUUUCGUGUUCAUCUGUGUGACGUGUGGCUGGCCGCCUGUCUGGAGGAGGUGUGUGAGAUCACAAGACCAGCAGAUCGGUCAUUCGUUCUGGGCUGGCCCACCUGCAACGUUGUGGCCACGUUCAAAGAUGCAGAAACCAAAGAGAGAUGGAGGGACAAACUGUCGCAGCAUGUUCAAGAACAAAAGCUUCGAAUAGAACCCAAAGAAUUUCAUCUCAAAAUAUGUGUCCGCGACGCAGAUAAGUCGGCCAGUAUCUGUCGGGUGACUGUCACUAAUACUACACAAGCCAGAGAGGUGCUCCAGGCAUGUGUGCAGCAACUCAGCAUUCCGGU